CCACCACCACCUCCACCUCCAGUCACUCACCCUCAUCACCAGUGAGAAGCAGUCUGACGCACAGGAGCAGCAGGAGCAGCAGUAGCAGCACGCCAGGACUCUUCCCGGGGAGUGUGGAGAGUGUCCACCGAGCAACAUGUUCCCAGCGCGGAGACGCGGGAGGCGCACCGGGGGCUCGACGGUGGCGCCGCGGACCGUGGUUACAGCUGGGCGGACCGGACAGGUCGGACAGGUGUGGGUCUCCUGUUGGAUUCUGCUGUCGGCGACUUGUAUCCUCAGCGCUCGGGCUCAAGUAGAUGAUGUCCCACCGUACUUCAAGAUGGAGCCCCCUCAGACCCAGGUGCACCUGGAGGGGAACCGCCUGGUCCUCACCUGCAUGGCCGAGGGCAGCUGGCCCCUGGAGUUCAAAUGGAUCUACAACGGGACCGAACUCACCAGUUUCUCCUUGGAGUACAGGUACCUGAUCCCCUCGCUGGACAGAGCGCACGCCGGCCACUACCGCUGCAUCGUGAGGAAUCGAGUGGGAGCUAUAAUGCAGUGCAGCACUGAAGUGCAGGUCGCCUACAUGGGUGGUUUUGUGGAGGCCGAGAGGUCCCAAACUGUAUCUCAGGGCGAGGGCGCUCUCAUCCACGCUCCGCGGAUACACAGCUUCCCCCGGCCGCAGAUCACCUGGUUCAGAGACGGACGUAAGAUUCCCUCCAGCAGCCGCAUUGCCAUCACCCUGGAGAACACGCUGGUCAUCCUCUCCACUGUGGCGCCGGACGCAGGACGAUACUACGCCCAGGCGGUCAACGACAAGAACGGCGAGAACAAAACCAGUCAGCCCAUCACGCUCACCGUGGAGAAUGUGGGAGGACCGGCGGACCCCAUCGCCCCGUCUAUCAUCGUCCCCCCGAAGAACACCAGCGUAACCAUGGGGAGAAACGAGGCCGUCAUCGAGUGUGUCGCCAACGCGAGACCCCUCGUCAAAAUGAGUAUCACUUGGAGGAAAGACGGCGUGGUGGUAAACACCGGCAUCCGGGACUUUGGCCGUCGAUUGGUCAUCAGCCUGCCCGCGGUCAGCGACAGCGGCUACUACGAGUGCGAGGCGUCGCUCCGCAGCAGCAGCGUCCCCUCGGUGACUGCCGGGGCCUUCCUGCACGUUCUCGAGUACCCUCUGUUUGUCAAAGAGCCGCCGAGCCACAUCAGCGCAGAGAUGGAGAAGGUGGUGGAUAUCCCCUGUCAGGCUCGAGGCACGCCGCAACCCGACAUAGUGUGGUAUAAGGAUGCGGUGCCCAUCAGCCCGGUGAAGAUGCCCAGGUACAGGGUGCUGGUGGGAGGCAGCCUGCAGAUCAACGGCCUCCUGCCGGAUGAUACGGGGAUGUUUCAGUGCUUCGCCCGCAAUCUCGCAGGAGAGAUCCAGACAAACACCUACCUGGCUGUUACGAGUAUCGCUCCAAACAUCACGGCUGGCCCAGCUGACAGCGCCGUGAUUGACGGCAUGUCAGUCAUCCUGCAUUGCGAGACCUCGGGAGCCCCGCGGCCCGCCAUCACCUGGCAGAAAGGUGAACGUGUCUUGGCCAGUGGCUCGGUCCAGCUGCCCAGGUUCACCCUGCUGGAGUCGGGCAGCUUGCUAAUCAGUCCCUCCCACCUGUCUGACGCUGGUACCUACACCUGCAUGGCCAGCAACUCCAGGGGCAUCGAUGAAGCUUCGGCCGACCUAGUGGUCUGGGCACGCACCCGCAUCACAAAACCGCCGCAGGACCAGAGCGUCAUCAAGGGAACCAAGGCCUUGAUGACCUGCGGGGUGACCCAUGACCCCAGCGUCACCAUCAGGUAUGUGUGGGAGAAGAGCGGCUCGGUGAUUGACGUGAGCGCGUCGCCCCGCCUGCGGCAGGAUCCCGACGGGACCCUGCACAUCUCCCAGACGUGGUCGGGUGACAUCGGAACAUACACCUGCAGGGUGACCUCAGUCGGAGGCAAUGACUCCCGUAGCGCCCACCUCAGAGUCAGGCAGCUGCCCCAUGCUCCAGAAAACCCAGUAGCGGUCCUGAGCACCUCGGAGAAGAGGGCCAUCAACCUGACCUGGGCUCAGGCCUUCGACGGCAACAGCCCUCUGAUCCGCUACAUCCUGGAGGUCUCAGAGAACAACGCCCCGUGGACGGUGCUGCUGGCCAACAUCGAACCGGAGUUGACGGGGGUCACCGUCGGUGGCCUCAUCCCGGCGCGCUCCUACCAGUUCCGCCUGUGUGCCGUCAACGACGUGGGAAGAGGCCAGUUCAGCAAAGAGACGGACAGACUCACGCUCCCCGAGGAGCCGCCCAGCGCCCCCCCGCAGACGGUCAUCGCAAGCGGCCGCACAAAUCAGUCCAUCAUGAUCCAGUGGCAGCCGCCCCCGGAGAGCCACCAGAACGGGCCGCUGCAGGGCUACAUCAUCAGGUACUGUCUGUCAGGGCUUCCGGUUGACUGCCAGAUGAAAAACAUCACCAACCCGGACCAGGGCAGCCUGCUCCUGGAGGACCUCAUCAUCUGGACCAACUAUGAGAUCGAGGUGGCGGCCUAUAACGGAGCGGGCAGGGGAACCUACAGCCACAAAGUCACUGAAUGGACUCUGCAAGGAGUGCCCACUGUGCCACCAGGAAAUGUACAAGCCGAGCCUGUCAACUCCACCACGGUGCGUUUCACCUGGAGCGCCCCGAGCCCUCAGUUUAUCAAUGGAAUCAACCAGGGAUACAAGCUGUUGGCGUGGGAACCAGGUCGUUCGAACGAAGUCACCAGCGUCACAGUGCGUCCCAACUUCCAGGACAGCGUUCACGUCGGCUACAUCUCCGGCCUGAAGAAGUUCACAGAGUACCACACGUCGGUGUUGUGCUUCACCACCCCGGGGGACGGCCCACGCAGCCCACCUCAGCGACUUCGCACCCACGAGGACACCCCUGGUGCCGUGGGACACCUCAGCUUCACCGACAUCCUGGACACCUCGCUGAAAGUCAGCUGGAAGGAGCCGCAGGAGAAAAACGGCGUUCUCACAGGCUAUCGUAUCUCCUGGGAGGAGUUCAACAGGACCAAUACUCGGGUGACCCAUUACCUGCCCAACUUAACUCAGGAGUACAAAGUGACGGGGCUCACCGCGCUCACCACUUACACCAUCCAGGUGGCAGCCAUGACCGCCAAGGGCCAGGGACAGCUCUCCGCCUCCACCAUCUCCUCCGGUGUGCCGCCAGAGUUGCCCGGUCCUCCGACUAAUUUAGCCAUCUCCAACAUCGGCCCCCGCUCCGUCACUCUGCAGUUCAAACCUGGCUACGACGGCAAGACCUCCAUUUCCCGUUGGCUGGUCGAAGCCCAAGUCGGUAUAAUAGGAGAGAAUGAAGAGUGGCUGACGGUACAUCAGCUGUCCAAUGAGCCUGAUGCCCGAUCGCUGGAGGUCCUGGACCUGAACCCCUAUACGUUCUACAGGUUCCGGAUGUGUCAGGUAAACAUCGUGGGCACCAGUCCUCCCAGUCAGCCCUCCAGGAAGAUCGAGACCCUGCAGGCCCCUCCAGACAUCUCCCCCGCCAACGUCACCCUGCGCACAGCCAGCGAGACCAGCCUGUGGCUCCGCUGGGUGCCUCUUCCAGAGUGGGAGUACAACGGGAAUCCAGAUCUCGUCGGCUACCGGGUGCAGUACUCCAAAGCCGGGUCCAAAGGGGGAGUCCUGUCUCACGUCAUCGUGGACCGGCUGGAGAGGGAGUUCACCAUCGAGGACCUGGAGGAGUGGACCGAGUACGAGGUCAGAGUUCAGGCCAUCAACGGUAUCGGCUCCGGGCCCUGGAGCCAGCCGGUCCAUGGCAGGACCAGAGAGUCCGUGCCCUCCAGCGGUCCCACCAACGUGUCAGCUUUCGCUACAACCUCCAGCAGCAUCCUGGUGCGGUGGGGGGAGGUCCCAGAGGCGGAUCGCAAUGGACUCAUCCUGGGAUACAAGGUCGUGUAUAAAGAGAAGGACUCGGACACAGCGCCAGACUUCUGGCCGGUGGAGGGAAACACCAGCCACAGCGUCCAGCUCAGCGGUCUGGGCAAGUACGUCCUGUACGAGAUCCAGGUCCUGGCCUUCACGCGGAUCGGAGACGGGAGGAGCAGCUCGCCCUCCAUUUUGGAGAGGACCCUGGAUGAUGUACCAGGCCCUCCGGUCGGCAUCCUGUUCCCAGAAGUCAGAACCACAUCAGUCAGGCUCAUCUGGCAGCCUCCUGCGCAGCCCAAUGGCAUCAUCCUGGCCUAUCAGAUCACAUACAGAAGAAACUCUUCAAACAGCAACGCCGCCACCGUCGACGUGCUGAGCCCCAGCGCGCGGCAGUACACGGCCACCGGACUCAAACAAGAACUGGUGUAUGUGUUUCGCCUCACCGCUCAAACACGAAAGGGUUGGGGCGAGGCUGCCGAGGCUUUGGUUGUCACGACAGAGAAGAGAGCCCGACCCCAGCCCACGAGCCGUCCUGUAGUGCCUCAAGAUGAAGUCCAGGCUCGCAGAGUGCUGUUGUCAUGGGAACCGGGCAGCGACGGCCUGUCCCCGGUUCGUUAUUACACAGUCCAGUACAGAGAGCUGCCAGACAGCAACUGGACGGUCCACUCUGCGUCAGUCAGCCAUGAGACACACUCCUACAUCGUGGACAGGUUGAAGCCUUUCACUUCCUACCAGUUUCGCGUGAAAGCCACCAAUGACAUCGGGGACAGUGAAUACAGCCAGGAGAGCGAGGCCAUCACAACGCUGCAGGACGCUCCAGACAAAGCCCCGACGAUCCUGUCCGUUACACCUCACACCACCACCUCGGUGCUGGUCCGCUGGCAGCCUCCAUCUGAGGAUCACAUAAAUGGAGUCCUGCUGGGGUUCAGGGUCCGGUACCGGGAGCUACACUACGACCGACUACGCAGCUUCACGGUCCGCACCGUCAACAGUCCCUCUGCCAACUGGGCCGAUCUGACUGCUCCGUACAGCGUCAGGAACUUAAGUGAAUCCUCGCUCACCCAAUACGAACUGGAUAAUUUGAGUAAACACAAACGCUACGAGAUCCGUCUCAGUGUGUACAACGCUGUGGGGGAGGGUCCCAGCAGCGCGCCACAGGAAGUGUUCGUCGGAGAGGCGGUCCCAACGUCCCCUCCUCAAAAUGUGGUGGUCCAGUCCUCAACAGCCACACAGCUGGAUGUCACAUGGGACCCUCCACCACUGGAUGCUCAGAAUGGGGACAUUCAGGGUUACAAGAUCUAUUUCUGGGAGUUUCAGCUGCAGAACGAGACGGAGCGCCUGCGCACUCUGUUCCUGCCGGAGCUCGGGGUGAAGCUGAAGAACCUGACGGGCUACACCACCUACAUGAUCAGCGUGGCAGCCUUCAAUGCUGCAGGGGACGGGCCCCGCUCCCUGCCCACUAGAGGGCGCACUCAGCAAGCAGCGCCCAGUGCUCCGAGCUUCAUCCACUUCAGCGAGUUGACCACCACCUCGGUCAACGUGUCCUGGGGAGAGCCCAAACAGGCCAACGGCAUCAUCGAGGGGUACCGCCUGGUUUACGAGCCCUGCACUCCAGUAGAUGACUCCUCUCCUCGCACUCCAGGUGUCAGUAAGAUAGUGACAGUGGAUGUGAAGGGCAGCGCUCCCCUGUGGAUGAAGAUCAAGGAUCUGGCCGACGGCGUCACCUACAACUUCCGCAUCCGGGCCAAAACGCUCACUUACGGGCCCGAGGUGGAGGCCAACAUCACCACUGGGCCUGGAGAAGGAGCCCCGGGCCCUCCUGGAGAGCCCUUUAUUUCUCGCUACGGCGCGGCUCUCACUCUGCAUUGGACCAGCGGCGAUCAAGGCCGCGCACCAAUCACACGAUACGUCAUCGAGGCCCGACCCUCCGAUGAAGGAUUGUGGGAUAUUCUGAUCAAAGACAUCCCGAAAGAAGUGACAUCCUACACACUCAACCUGGACAUGCUACGAGAAGGUGUCACAUACGACUUCCGUGUGAUUGCCGUCAAUGACUAUGGCUACGGAUCACCCAGCGCCCCCUCGCCCUCCAUAUCAGCCCAGAAAGUGUCUCCGUUCUACGAGGAGUGGUGGUUCCUGGUGGUGAUCGCUCUGGUGGGCCUGAUCUUCAUCCUCCUCCUCGUUUUCAUCCUCAUCAUUCGAGGCCAGAGCAAGAAAUACACCAAAAAAGCAGAUUCAGUGUCGUCUACAUAUCACUGUCCAGGCAACCACUCCAACUGCACGGCGCUGCCUCUGACCCACGGGGAGAUGGUGCGCCUGGACGAGGGACGCUUCCCGGCGCUGGAGCUCAACAACAGACGCCUCUCCGUGAAAAACUCCUUCUGCCGCAAGAACGGCAUCUACACACGGUCUCCACCGAGACCCAGUCCUGGAAGCCUGCACUACUCAGAUGAGGACGUCAGCACUAAGUACAAUGACCUGAUCCCAGCGGAGAGCAGCAGUCUGACUGAGAAACCCUCUGAGAUAUCCGACUCGCAGGGCAGCGACAGCGAGUAUGAGAUGGAUCAGAGCCGGCAGAAGACCCACUCCUUCGUCAACCACUACAUCAGCGAUCCCACCUACUACAACUCCUGGCGGCGGCAGCAGAAGGGCGUCUCUCGUCCGCCGGCGUACGGCUACUCGCAGCCCGAGCCCCUGGUGGAGCAGGAGGCGCGGCAGCACCCGCCGCCCGUGCCGCCGCUGCCGCCUCUCCUCCCGCAGAGCGCCCCGUCCCCGCAGCCGCAGUGCCAGGGCCAGGGCACCCUGUUCAGGUCGAAGGGAAGCCGGACUCCCACCCCUUCCCUGCUGUCCUCGGAGCCCCCCAGCCAGCACAGCACCCUGUACCGACCCCCCAGCAGCCUGGGCUGUGCUGCGCAGCCCCCCACCGCUGGCUUCUCCUCUUUUGUUUGACACACAGCUCCUCUUCCAAUAACAACAGGACCCUGAGGACGAGUCUUUGAUUUUGUUGUUGUUGGUUUAUUUGUAUUUUGCUCUUUUUCUUUUUCUUUUUUCUUUUUUUUUUUGAUCUCCAUUCUUUCUGUCUCACUCGACAGAGUUGUUGCUCUAUAUUAAGCAUUGCAGGCAUCUUGAAUAGCGUUUUCUCCUCUGUGAAGAGUGUGUGUGUGUGUGUGUGUGUGUGUGACUGUGUGUAUGAUUGUGUGUAGAGCGUACGGCUGGUUAAUCCAAUGUGAUAUGUAUUUUAUGAAAAAGACAAUCAUUUGAAAGUUUUUAUGCGUUGCUUAAGUAAAAAAAAAAAGAAAAAAAUGAUUUGAAGGUACAACCAUGUGAACAAGGGAGAACAGAACAGAACCCGAGGCUCUGAAAAAAAGAAACCCUUGUUUUAAAAACACUGUAUUAUUGUUUAUAUGAGAGCUUUAUGGAUAAAAACACCCACCGUAGAACCAUGUAGAGUAUGGACCACUUGGCUUGCUGAGACUGUACAAUGGAACAACCCAACUCUGAUGGACUCACGUGAUGUUUGGACUAAAGGACAACACUGAUAGUGAGGAAUGGACUCUGACUCGGAGCGGCGGCACCACGCGGGUCACCGUUGCCCCUCGGCCGCCUUUGAGAUUCUCACUCUGCCUAAUCAUUGUUGGAAACUGCAUUAUGUGUUUACUAUAUGUACUCGUCUCAUAUUGUUUACCAGAUAUUUAUAUCAAUCAGCUUCAAGCUAAAACAAAAAAAAAAAAAACGUUUUCCGGGAAAAAAAAAAAAACAUCGCUAGUGACAAUGUUAUGAAUCACAUUAAAGCAUUGUGGCACCUUUAUAGUAGUCUGGGGAAUGUGUUGAUCGUGCGCUGGUGCUUCUGUCAGUAGAUAUACAAGCUAAGACCACCUUCUUAAUGUGCAUCCAUUUAUGUUUCUCACAGAAUAUGACUGAGGACCAACAGCACAAAAUCUUCUUGGUUCUGAUGAUAUUAUCCCACCACGACCACAUCACCACACGAUGCCACGAGUAUCUGUCAGAAUAAACCGCCUCCGAGACGUAAAUUUGUAAAAGGCGAGUUAGCGAGAGCAGGUCUGCUUACAAACGUAAGAGAUCUAAACUGUCGUGGUAUUAUUCUCAACAAUGACAAAACUGAAAGCUGUGACUUUACAAAAUGCACCGUGUUUUCUUGACAACACUGGAAAAGAAAAUGGCACGAAAUUGCCCAAUUUCAGACGGUUAAAGUCCCCCCAAAAAAAAAGAAAAAGAAAAAGAAAAAGCAGAUAUUUUACCAUCUGUUUGUUAAAGAGGCUGCAGGGGAGUUCAACUUGAUUGUGUCAUCUGUGUCGACUGGAGAAGCUUUACGUAACGAUGCACAGCGACAGGACAGAGGUAUUGUACAUGAGAUCAUUGUGUUAACAUGCUACAGUGUAACAUGGCGAUUAUACGAUGACUGGAAAUGUGUUUUAUGCUCACAGCGCGUACAUGAUAAUGUCACGACGAGAUGUUUUCUACAAGACUUUUUUGAACAUGCUGGAUCUUUACUUUAAAAGUUGAGCGGGAUCAUUUGCUGUGCUGGAGGUGGACCCAUAGUGUACAAACUUUAGACGGUCAGUCCAAAACAUUCUGUCAAAAUUUGCAAUGUGAAACAUCACUGUAUACAUCAUGAAGGACACAUUAUGGACCUAUUCAUGGUAGCUCUCUAAAAUAAAUUAUUCUAUUUUG